AACCCACGUGUUCCUAUGGGGAGCAGAUUGGGGCCCUUCACGCCGCUGCCCUGCCCGAGGGAUCCCAGCUCUGCCCAUACCCUACAGCUUGACUUUAAGCACAGAAAUUCACCCCUCGCCUUCCCGAGAGCCCAAUUCUCUUUCCAAAUCUUUCCCUUCGUUUCUUGUUUGUGCAAUAGGAGGAAUCCUCUCAGAGGGUUCUCUAAGGCGUUUCGGUGGGAGCGCUGCCAAAGGAGCUCGUGAGCAAACUGACAGCAGGAAAAUGUGGAGACCUCGAGCGUAACGGUGUGCUUUAAAAGGCUGUGGCUCUGGUGUGCAGCUCCUCAGAAAGUUUUGCAGUGGUGGAGAGCUGUCAUCACCUGAGACACUGCUGCGUGGCCAAUGGUCUCCUGCAUGAAGGAUUUGUUGCAUCGAGGAAGGAAAUGCCAGGAUGCUGGACCAGGGCUUCAUUUCUGCCUAAGCAGCAAUUUAGCUGCAUGGAACGCUUUGCAAAUGUUCUUAAUUAAUCCUGAUGGGGCAGAGAAGCGGAACCCAUCGGGCCAGGCGUGCCCCUGAGGUCUGUGGGGUUAUAGCACAGCAGCUCCUUGCAGUGCCUGCCCGUGUGAGCCCUCAUCAGAUGGGGCUGCAGCAGCUGCUGCUGGGGGCCUGGAUGCAGAUCUGUCAGCUGUACUGGAGCCAUUGCCUCUGCUCUGCCCUAAGUGUGAGACAGUUCCCUGCUUCGCUUCCUUCAGAGUGGGUUUAGAUUAAAGUGUGGCCUUUCUCAAACACAGAAGAGCUCAGCUGGGAUGGUCAGCACUGGUGGAUGCUCACGCUGCCUUCUGAGCUGGUUCAGCUCAUUUUUGGGUGAAGCCAGUGGAGGGAUCUCUACAGAUGUGUGCUCCAUCCUCGCUGGGCUCUGCUCACUGCAGGGCAGAAGUGUGAUCUGCCCCACGGAUGGGCAAGGAACUUGGCAAGGAUGGCUGGAUGGGGAACAUAGUGCCCUGUGUUCUGUAUCACAGUAACUCAUUCCUCAUUGGAAACGGGAGUGUAAACAAGACCAGACUCUCAGACCUGAGCUCUCCUCCCUUUGUGAGACGCCGCUUUUAUGUGUGGCAGUAAAGAGGAUCAAAUGUGUCUCUGAGCAGCUUUACAUCCUGCAGAUCGUUGGAGAGCACAGAAAGGAAUUUGGGUUUCGUGAGCCUCCUUCCUCCUCCCUCUCCCAGGUAAAGAGAAGCCCAGUGGAGCAGCAAUGCAACCCAUAGUAGUGCACACUGCUCCUCCUCACCUGCGCUCAUCGCAAGGGUUCCCACUUUCCUCUUGUGCUUCAGGCACUUCCAACUGCCUCCAAGGUGUCAAACAAACAUCACCCCCACGGGUGGCUGCUCAUUUAGCUCACCCUCACUGAAAUCUGUUGGACACUGGUGGGCUUCAGUCAUGCCCUUCCAUCCUGCAGCCUUCAGCCCUGCUGCUCCGAUCAUCGAGCGGUGAUCAUCUUCCUUCCCAAAGCAGAGCUGGGGGCAACUUCCCAUCCAAAUCUUUUACCUUUCCAGUCGUAGCAACAGAUGUGCAGAUGGCUAAAUGCAUGAAAAGAAUCUUCUUUGAUGUAGUGUGAUCAGAGUGAGGGAAAUGAGUCGGGUCCCGGGCGAUGCUCACAGUGCUGCUGCGGUGCCGUGGUGCAGCGCUGCCCUGGGUAUCACUGCAUCUCUGCUGCAAUGCUGCCUGCCUGCACACACUGCUCUCAGAGGGACGCUGCUUUCUGAGAGCAAAACCCACUCCCGGCAGCGGGACGAAUUGAGAUUUGUGUUUCUUUCGUUGCAAACUCCUUUGCAAAACAGCAGCGUCUUUCUUCUCUGUCUGCCUCCGUAGAUACAGCUUGUAAGCAGCUUUGAGGUUCCACCACAAGCGUGUGCGUUGGCUAAAUAUUGACGUUUCUGCUUUGAAAGCAAGAUAGGAAGGUGCAAAGGAUGCUGCCCUCCUUGAGAACUUUGCGGUGUCUGCGUCUGUGCUUUAGGGGAGGUCCGUCUCUUUGGUUUUGGAAGGAGCUCAGUGCCCGGACCGCAGUGGGAUGCUCCCAUGGCGCCGUCCCUGAGUCCACAGCCCUGGGGAGGAGGGGGAAGGGGGGGGUCAGGAGCUCCAACCUUGCUUUUAAUCAACCAACUCCGCUCUUUUCCCGAAGAAUUGAAGUAAAAAACCCGGAGGCUGCACAGGUUGAGCGAAAGGAGGAGGUACCGUUAAUCCCUGCCCGCAUCCCGGCUCAGAUGUGCGGGUCCCUAAAGGAUGCAGCCGAUGCUUUGUGCUUACCGUAAGCAGCUCGAGGCCCAUCCACUUUGUAAUCAAAUUGUCUGGCGAGCCCGGUGAGCUGCGAUGGCCAGAGGGCACUCAUGUGAGGGAUCAUGUGAAGGCUUUAGCUGUCAUUUAGAGGCAGGGCUAUUAAAAGUCCUGUGUGGGGCCGAUGGAGCUGUUAACCCCUCUUGUUACAAUCAGAGCUUUGCUAAUCGCGUGGUGGGAGAGCCGCUUUGAUCCGAGGGGUGGAGGGGAGAGCGGAGGGGCCUUUUCAAGUGCAAAUUUCUUAUUACAGUGUCUCAGUUCACCCGGUUGUUUUUUCUGUCUUGGCUUUCCAUGCUAAUUGUGAGAGCCUCUCCGUCAGUCUGGACCCAAGCAGCAGCAAUGCAACCGUGUAUUCCAAGCAAAGUUGCAGGGAAAGCGAGAGAUGUGAGCUGUGUCCCCACAAAGAUGGAGCCCUGAAACGGACUGACAACGGAGGCUGGGCCCACGUUGUGUGUGCUCUGUACAUCCCCGAGGUGCAGUUUGCCAACGUGCUGACCAUGGAGCCCAUCGUCCUGCAGUACGUUCCGCACGACCGCUUCAACAAGACCUGCUACAUCUGUGAGGAGCAGGGCAGGGAGAGCAAGGCAGCUUCUGGAGCCUGCAUGGCGUGCAACCGGCACGGCUGUCGGCAAGCUUUCCAUGUCACCUGUGCCCAGAUGGCCGGCCUCUUGUGUGAGGAAGAAGUCCUGGAAGUUGACAAUGUCAAGUAUUGUGGCUACUGCAAGUACCACUUCAAUAAGAUGAAGACCUCACGGCACUCUGCAGGCAGCUCCUUCAUUGCUGGGAGGAGGAGCAGGUCCACGUCCCCCACCCAGGAGAAGCACGUGUCCCACCACGAAAGGCCAAAGAAGAGUCGUAAGGACAAAGAAAGACCCAAACAGAAGCACAAAAAACGUCCAGAAUCUCCCACCAGCCUUCCAACACCCACGGUGCCCAUCGCUGCAGAAAAGGGCUCCACCAGCCACCAUGAGGGGAGCAAAGAGACCUCAGAGGUCGGGAGAUCAGAGGUGAAAGGCAAGAAGUCCUCGAGUCAUGGCAGCAGCCACAAGGGGAAGAAGACGGGGAGCGGGAAGAACUCGGCUGGGUUCAGCUCUGCAUCUUCCAGCAGCACCUUCCAGCCUGCAGGCACCUCCUGCAGCUCCUUGCAAUGCUCCCAGGAUUUCAUGGCGUUCCCCAAGCUAGAGCAGGACGACGAGAAGUACCGCAAGCCCGUCUCCUCCUCUUCGUCUUCCCACUGCUCCCCGCUGUAUGAAGGCCAGAAGGGGGACAUCUUUGAGCAGAAGGUGAUCUUCUCAGGCUUCGGGUCCAUCAUGCGCUUUUCCACCUCUGCUGUGAGCCAGCCGAGGGGCCGCGAUGCUUCCCCUGUGGAUUACAAAGCCUCAAACCCCAUCGGUGGCCCUUCAGCAACAGGCAGCGCUGCCACAAGCAGCAGCCACAAGCGUAUGCCAUCCCUCAGCAUGGAAGAGGGAGAGGUGCUGAAGGAAAAGAAGCACAAAGGCAGCAAGAAAAACAAGCACGGGCCUGGCAGGCCAAAAGGGGGCAAAAGCAAAGAGAUGUUGGGUGCCCAGCUGGCUGGGUCCACGUCGACAUCCUCGUCGCCGUUCUCUGGAGGUUCUCUCGUCAGCUCCAGCAUCAGCAACUCUUCGCGGCCCUUCAGCCACACGGGGAACCUGCCCAGCCUCAGCUUGGAGUCCCCGCUGCUGAGUUCAGGGAUCUACACCAGUAACAAGGACCCUAUUUCCCACGGGGGUGGAGUGCUCCGCGCUGUUUGCAGCACACCCCUCUCCUCCAGCCUUCUGGCACACCAGGGCACCGCUUCCAUCCCGCCGCUCAACCGCUCUCCUUUCGCGAGCACCAUCCCCACCUCCUCCUCCUCCUCCGUCUCCACCACGCAGGUGUUCUCUCUGGCAGGUUCCACGUUCAGCCUCCCCUCCUCGCAUAUUUUUGGAAGCCCCCUCACAUCUGGGCUGUCCAUCAACCCGCUCUUAAAUCAGUCGGAAAGCAGCCGGGCAGAGCCCGACCUGGAGGACUGCAGUUUCGGCUGCCGAGGGACUUCGCCCCAGGAGAGUCUCUCUUCCAUGUCCCCCAUCAGCAGCCUGCCGACCCUCUUUGACCAGACGGUGUCCUGUAGCAGCAGCGGGCAGCUGGAAAAUGUCCCCCAGGCCACCCCCAACAUCGAGCAGCUGCUGGAGAAGCAGGGCAAUGGGGAAGCUGGCGUUAACAUUGUAGAGAUGCUCAAAGCUCUGCACUCGCUGCAGAAGGAGAACCAGCGGCUCCAGGAGCAGAUCAUGACGCUGACAGCCAAGAAGGAACGUUUGCAGCUCCUCAACGUCCAGCUCUCUGUCCCUUUCCCGGUGGUGACCAGCAGCAACGGGCCUGGCAGCCAAACCCAUUACAUCCUGCCCAGCAACGUGUGCAACAAUGAUUCCCUGAGCAUCAGCAAGAGCCCCCCCUGCAAGAACAGCUUUGGGAUUGAGAACUCGCUCUCCACUUCCUCUGAGGACCCUCAUUCAGGUUGCCCCAGCAGGAGCAGCUCUUCCCUGUCCUUCCACAGCACUCCUCCACCCCUGCCCAUGCUGCAGCAGAGUCCUGCCUCGCUACCCCUUCCCGGGGUGCAGCAGGUGAAUGGCCUGGCCAGGGUGGCAGGCAGCGGGCUGGGGGGUGGCACCACUGCCAGCCACAGCCUCUCCACGGUGCCCAUGGUGGACGGCCUGAUGGGGACCGUGGCAGGAGGUCAGCAGAUGCCCAUCAACGGGAUCCUGGGGAAUCUGAACGGAGCUCAGGCCGCCCAGCCUCCAAGCGCGCUGACGCAGGCGAGCGGCCCUCCGACCUUGCAGCUCUCCACCAGCCUGAGCAGCAUGCCGAGCCUGAGUCCCCUGACGGAGCAGCAGCGGCACGUCUUGCACCAACACGAGCAGCAGCUCCAGCAGCUCCAGCAGCUCCUGACUUCUCAACCGCUUAAUCCGGAGCAGCAGGCCCUGGUGUUCCAGAUGAUGCAGCAAAUCCAGCAGAAGAGGGAGCUGCAGCGGCUGCAGAUGACGAGCUCAUCCCAGCUAUCCAUGAGCAGCCUCCUGGCAGCCACCUCCACCCCCCUCCUGCACUCCAGCACCAGCGCCCCGAUGACCUCGGCCCCCCAGCAGCCCCCCAACAGCAGCUCCCUCAUGGCCUCCCUCUCCCCCCAGCAGCUCAACCCUAGCAAUGCCCUCCUGGCUCCACCACAGGCCACCCCACCGCUCAGCGCUCCUGGGAGCAGCCUCAUGGCUUCGGGGACAGGCAUCCCUCCCGUCCUCACAGCACAGACUAACCCGUUUCUCAACCUGCAGGCUGAUGGCAACACCCCAAAAGGAACGAACAUGAAUGAAAAGGGAGCUCCUCUUACCCAAGACAAGGGCUAAGCUCCCUCUCACCCUGAACAAACCAGCAGCCAACUCCUCUCAGCCAGGGGGAAUGUGGCUUUCCACAGUCAGCAGCUUUGGUACUGUUAGAGCAAUGAGCACAAGGCUUCCGAGAAGCAUUUCCUGCUGCUGGGCAAUGCCAAGAGGUGCUUUGGAAGACAGUCCGUCUCCGACCAAGCCCUGCUAUCGGGAGGAGCAAAGGUGGGGGGCAGCUUUGCCACGCUGCUCCGUGCCCCACGUGCUCAGAGCGAAGCCGUGUUUCCAGACAGAGUAGAGGAGAGUUAACACCGCGUGCCACCAACUGCUGUGAGCACAGGAGCGUGUUCUGUGUGUGCACUGAGAGCACGGAGCAUCCUCAGCCGAGAGCUUGGUGGAGGGGGGGGCACCCCCUGCUGAGGACACUGGUGUGCAGUGCAGGGGGACGUGGAGGUGCCCUCGGAGGCAGCGCUGGAUGGGACCCACCUGGGGAUGCUGUGGUGGUACCUACGUGGUCUGCUCCUUCCCGCUGGGGAGGUGAAGAUGUUCCACAGCUGUGAUUUCUCGCCUGCUGGGCCCUUGGGAUGCUCUUGGGAGCCGUCACACGAUGCCCUUUACACCUCAGCUGGAUGCAGCCCCAGCCUGAAGGACACGGGUGGUGGAGCGAUGGGUGAGGAGUGGUGUUUGGAGAGCUGCAAGCUGCUGCUGCUGUAAAGGACGCGGCCACGCAGCUGCUGGUGGGUCAGUGCUGUGCUUGGGGCGUGAAAAGCACAUUCCUGCUCCUCGUGCUGCCUCUCUUUCCUUCCAAGAUGUCCAAAGCCCGACGUUCAGCUUGCAGAAAGGGGCUGUGGUCGGUGUUGCCCCAUCUCAGCCAUCUCCUGAAGGCGCGUUGAAUCUGGCUCUUACAUCCCAAGCUGAGCAACAGAAACGUGUGUGCAUGGAAAAGACAGCCCCAGUCGUGGUGCAUCCUUUCCCCACCACAAAUCGUUCCAGUCUGGCAAAAAAAAACAACCAAACCAACAGAAAACCAACCCCAAGGAACGGCGUUCUUCCAUGUGUCUUAGGCACUGAGAGAGGGGAUCUCCAAGCAGCAGGGCGUCGUUGAGCUCCACGUUGGGGCAUUGGAGCCUUUGUUCUCUUCCACCUUUUGACCUUAACUCCGUCUCACAGUCCAGAACCUCAGCGAGGAGCUUCUGCUUCUGAGCCCAGAUGUCACAGAUGGACGGCAGGGCAGGUGGGGCUGCUCUGAAGGUGGGGAGCAUUACGUCAAACGUAGACGUGCUCCCCCUUUUCCUCUUCCCAGUUCUCCUGGGGGGGGGGAGGUAGGGGACAGGGGUAAAAACUCCAGCAGACAGAAGCUCCGAGGGUCUUAAAAUGCAACACGUGGGCAGACCUGAAUCUUUUUCAGCACAUUCCCACUGCCCCUAACUGGUUUGCACUAUUCGAAUUUGUCAGCAGUGGGUCUGUGCUGAUGGGAAUAGAAGGCUGGUGGUGGGCAGAUCUCAUCCGUGAUGUCUUUAUUUUAUUUUAUUUUUUAUUUUUUCUUAUUUUGGUUUGGUUUGUUGCUUGCUGUUUGGGAAAUGAUCGCCUCGAGGGUUGGAUAAAGCUAAAGACCAGAGGGAAAAGCUCCAUUCUGAUCUGCCGUUCUGCAAACAGGGCAGCACGCAGCCGUCUGCUCGGAAAUACAUUGUACACCGUUUGGAUUUCAAUUCUUGAAAUGCAGAAAAGCUGACGUUUUAACAAGGUUAGGAAGGAUGGGGAUGGCAGCUAACAAGGAAAAAUCGAACCCGAGGACAAAAAAGCUCCCCCUCCUCGUGGUCCCUGCAGCGCAGCCCCAGCUCUGAGCACCUCCUCCCCGUUGCAUCCAUUGGGGCUGGGGAUCCGCCAGCAGCUGUGAGCUCUGCCUGCUGCUGCUGUGCUCACCUGGGGCUCUGAUUCAAUUCUGACGACGCUUCUUUUUCUUUUUUGUUUGUUUUUUUUUCCACUGGGAGGCCCCUAUGGGGAGGUGCCGCCUGCUGCCCCGCUUCCCCGGGCGCAUGCAGGCUGCUGCAGAGCGGAGCCACGUCCCAGCUCUGCAGGGAAAGACUCGGGAGCAGGAGGGGAGCAGGGACGGAAAGGGCUCGAUGGGUUCCAGCGGCGUGGCUCUGAUCAGCAAAUCAAAGCCCUUGCUUGGAUCCGUGGCUCAGCACCGCGAUGCUGAGCGCCAGCGGGAAGCCGUGGGGUCAGGAGAGGCUCGUAGGGCAGGUGAGAGCCCCGCAGAUAAAGCACUUACACAUUCCUCGGGGCUCUUGCUGAGGUGCCAGCCCCUCUCAAGGCCCCUCCUGCACCCUGAGGUCCCUUUGGGCAACGGAGGGGGGGGGGGGUCGGCAGCGAGCACCCGUAUGGCUGUGAAGAGAGGAGGAGGAGGAGGAAGGAAAAGAAAAGCUAAAGAUGAGCUGUGUUUCAGUUGCACUGGGGUACGUUUCUUUACCCAUUUUGAUGCUAAUGUCUCAUUUAGUACGUUGCAUGUGUCUUUCUUUUGUUUUGUUCUGUUUCGGUUUUGUUUUUGUUUUUGUUUUUUUUUUUUAAUUAAAUAAAAGAGGAAAAAUGUGUAUAUUUUUGGCAAUUUAAGGUAAUGUAGCUAAGAUAUAUUUUUUUCACGCUGCUUGACUGUUCUUUAUUAUAAUAAAUAAUAUUAAUAUGAA